CCUUGAUCCACCUAUUAGACCAGAAUUUGCCUCUCGUAUACGAUGGGAAUGACGUUCCCUCCCCCGCACACUCCGGCUGAGCAAGUUCGCACCUUGAUGGGCCAGAAAGAGAACCUCGAAUCCGAGCUCGAUGCCCAAUUCUCCAUCCUUUCAGCGAACAGCUCGACUAUGAACUCACCACUGCUCGACCCGGAAGGCUUUCCGCGAUCUGACAUUGACGUCUGGGCGGUCCGACAUGCGCGUGUGCGCAUCAUCGAGCUGAGGAAUGAUAUGACUGCCUUGAUGGACCGGAUUGCGAGGGCGCUGGAGGGCGUGUAUGAUCCUAACAUCGUGAACGGUACACCGACGUCGGCGUCAUCUGCGGCGCAGCAGGCAUCCCUGUCUCCGUUUGCGAGGGUAGAUGGUGUUGCGCCGGGGAGCCCAGCGGCAACCGCAGGUUUGCAGAGAGAAGAUCUCAUACUGAAGUUUGGCAGUCUCACGGGCCUGACGUCGCUGCAGCCCCUGGCCGAGCUAGUUUCACUAAACGAGAAUCGAACGAUCAAGGUCCUCAUCCUCCGAGAAGCAGAGCAGCUGACGCUGGACUUUACCCCCCGAAAGGGUUGGGGUGGUAGGGGAAUGCUCGGGUGUCAUAUAGUGCCAUAUUCGGUGUCGCAGUAGUCCAUUCUUACUUGUAUCGAUAUAAGCCACACCCACUGUAUUUCUAUCAUUUCUUCUGCGUGCUCGCGCCUUGUACUGCUAGGAGUCCCAUUAUAACUUGGCUAAGGAAGACGUGUCUCCGUAUACGAUGGUAUGAUCCUUCUUGAACCGGCUGCCCGGAUCCACGCUUCUGGCUACUCUGACUGCAUCAACGCUGCGCUGUAAUUCACCCUCCAUCACCCAACGUCUGAAC